AUGAACGAGUCACCGUCGGAGCCUCAAACUCAUCAGCGUCAGCAGUUGAAUGACAUCCAUUCUGUCAUUACUGCUUGUCAGCACGGUCGUCCUGCUAUUGUUGAAGAAGCGCUUCGGCAAGGUGUUUCAGCAAAUGCGGCUGAUGAGGAUGGAUGCUCCCUUCUUCAUUGGGCAGCUAUUAACAACAGAAUCGAGGUCGUUAAACUCCUAUUAUCUUAUAAUGCCGAUCCUAAUGUCCUUGGAGGAGUUUUGGUCUCAUCGCCGCUUCAUUGGGCCGCGCGAAAUGGUCACGUUGCCGUAUGCGCAUUGCUUGUCAAAGCUGGAGCCGUGUGUAAUGUGAGAGAUGCUCAAGGUUACACACCGAUGCAUUUGGCAAUUCAAGGAUCUCAUGUUCCACUGGUUGCGUACUUUCUUCUGAAAUUCGACUAUGCGCGUGAUAUCACUGAUAAUAGCGGAAUGACUCCAGCAAUGUGGUGCGCAUAUCGCUCUUUCACAAUGUUUCCACUUCGACUCAUCGUAAGAAGUGGUGCUGAUUUGACAUUGAAAGAACAUUUGAUGGGAAACACUGCUCUUCAUAUUGCGGCACAAGAACGCAAUCAUUCUGCUGUUAUUGAGUUGCUGGAAGCUGGAGCAAGUGUUGCCAUUCGAAAUAAGCAACAAGAGACUCCACUGGAUAUUGCAAGAAACAACAAAAAUCCACGAAUUCUUGAUGCUAUUGAAGAAGCAGCAAGACGUCAACGAGUGGUUCGCACAAGUUUUGUUCAAAAUUUGUUCGUUCCUCCAAUCAGCACUUACUUCUAUUUCUUCGGACCAACUAUUAUCUUUCUCUUAAUGUGGCAACUUUUCACACACGUUCCGGUGUUUUUUGCUACUGUGAUUGCUCUGAUUUUCUGCAUUACUGCAAUGGUUACUUUGCGAUUCGACUUCCACGAUCCUACUUACAAACUCCUUCCGAUUGGAGUAACUGUUUCAGAAGCAUUAGUGAUGAUGAUCUCAUGGGCCACUUAUGCUCAUUGGUAUGUGCCAUGGUGGGCGCAAUUACUAUUUGUCAUUGCUUAUUUAUCGCUGGUGUUUUCUUUUGUCAGAAUUCUUCGAAUGGAUCCGGGAGUAGCUAGGCCAGCAAAAGACUGUCAUGAGAUGUAUGUUCGUGAGGCGGAAGCUGGAAUACAAUAUCAGGAAAAGUAUUGCUUCUCCUGUUUUAUUCGCAAGCUUGAGCACACAAAACACUGCGCAGUGUGCAAUCACUGUGUGAACAAAUUCGAUCACCAUUGCCCAUGGCUUCAUAGUUGUAUUACAAGAAAGAAUAUGAGAGAAUUCAUUCUUUUUAUUAUUUCGGUUGCUGCUUCAUCUGCUAUUUACUUCUUCGCGACAACUCAUUUUGCUCUAAUUGAGAUAUCAGAGCAUGGAACAGAAAAAUUCAUUGAGACCCAUGCUUUUCUCAUCGUUACAAUAUUCCUAUCUGCCAUGCAUGGUGUGAUGCUGACGGUUUUGUUUUUCGUUCAAAUCAAUCAGAUCUCAAUGAAUGUUACUACUCAUGAUCGUAUUAAAGCAAAUCGCUCCCAUAGCCACACUGAACGCAACAAGCAUGAUCGACACAGUAUAAUUCACCAGCCAAUCACUAUUUCGCAAAGAUGUCACAAUCUUCUUGAGUUUUGCUCAUCGAAUGGGGAUCCCAGUUGGUAA